ACACUUAAAAAGCGCCAACAAUUCACUUAUUGAAAAUUUACAUACAAUUAUUUAAAAUGCUAGUAAACUGCCCAAUUUGCAGUGAAAUUUUAUUACCAUCAGAUGUGCUAUACAGUACGCCGUGUGGACAUAUAUUUCACGUGUCGUGUUUAAACCGCUGGUUAAGCAAUAAUAACACCUGUCCACAAUGUCGUCAAAGUGCAACACAAGUCACAGUUCAUCGCAUUUUUUUGCCAGAAGUGAAUUUUCAGGAUCAAGACAGUUUAAUAGAGCGAAUGAAUGAAAUAAAUCGACAGAAAAUUGAAUAUGAGAAUAAAUUAAAACGUAUUGAACAAGAAAAAAAAAUCUUAGAAACUGAUUUGAAACGAAAGAAGAAAGAAUAUCAGCGAGUAGUGCAGCGUAGUAAAACAUUAUCUAAGAAUGGUAAUCGCAACAUUCCAUCCCGUCGAUCAAAAACCACACCUGCAAGCACAUCUUUAGGGUCACAGGCACACACGCAAGGAAGAAAAUAUCAAACAGAUGCACCACCCCAACAAAAACGAAAAAGAAACAGAUCAAGAAUUCAACGUGCAAAACGAUACUUUGUAAGAAAGCAGGCUUUACAUCGAGAAAAUAAUCGUGGAAGAGUUGUUCAUCAUAAUUUAAGAGACGUUAUUGAGGAACGGGCUAUGGAAGUUGAAACAGUUCCAGAUUUAUUUCCCCUACAGAUUGAAACAUUUUCAGAAGAUUCACAGAGCAACUAAAAACAAAUUUAAGGGAAAAUCUCAACCAACAUACAUCAAAUCUCUCGGAAAGCAACAAAAAAAAAUAACCAAAAUAUAAAUUUCUCGGGAACAGCCUUAAUCAUAAGCGUCUCGUGUGAUGAACUUAAUACUUAGUUGAUGUUAUUUUUUCAGAAUUUUUUGAUUUAUUAAGUAUUGAAAUAAAUUUAGUUGUAACGUA